CGAGCGACACCACGCUCAAGCGAAACGACUCAAAACCCGGGCUUUGACAGUCGAGUUGGACGAAACGGCCUUUGUCACUCGUGAUAUACAUGACCGCUCCGUUGUCGACUUUCCGCGUCCACCAUCUGCCUCUGCUCGCCGUCUGGCCUGGCUUCAGCACCGGGCUCUGUUCGCCUUGACGGCUUUCCCUGCCGCAGAGUGUCUCGAAUCUUGGACGCUUUUCAGUUGAGACUCUCAACCCUCGAUACCCUUCACACAACCUUAUCGAACGCCUUGAAACAAACGCGGCAUCAUGGCGACGCCUUCCUCCGUGGCCUCGUCCAGCUCGCGGGACCAGGUCCAGCGCAUCCAUCGCGUGACGAGAGAGAACCGUCACCUUUGGUACCAGUUGACGGUUCUACAGCAGCCGGAGCGAGCCCGUGCAUGCGGUUCAGGCAUGAAAGCGAACAGUGACCGACGACCAGUUGAUCCGCCGCCUGUUGUCGAGCUCCGUAUCAUCGAAGGUCCUUCUGUCGAGGAGGGCAAGGACAUUACUUUCGACUACAAUGCCAACUUCUUUCUUUAUGCCAGUCUGGAGCAGGCUCGCACGAUUGCUCACGGCCGCGUCCAAAACGGCGCCACCAACAAUCCUCCCAUCCUGACUGGUGUUCCUGCAUCGGGCAUGGCAUACCUCGACCGGCCAACCGAGGCUGGAUAUUUCAUCUUCCCCGACCUGUCCGUCCGACACGAAGGCUACUUCCGCCUGUCCUUUAGCUUGUACGAGACGACCAAGGAGCCCAAGGACUUUGACCUAGAGCCGGCCGAUUCCGACCUUCCCCCUGGGGUGGACUGGAGGAUGGAGAUCAAGACGCAGCCUUUCAACGUCUUCAGCGCCAAGAAGUUCCCUGGACUCAUGGAGAGUACCUCGCUCAGCAAGACCGUUGCCGACCAGGGCUGCCGAGUUCGAAUCCGCCGCGACGUUCGCAUGAGGAAGCGCGACGGCAAGGGCAGCGGCUUUGACCGACGCGGUGAGGAGGAGUACUCUCGCCGCCGAACCGUGACGCCAGCUCCCGCCGAGGAUCCCAACCUGCGAGCCAGAUCCGUCAGCAACGCGAGCGAGCACCGCGGGCCGUACAUGCCGCAGGAGCCGCCACGGCGACCAUCCGCUGCCGAGAGCUACCAUGCCCCUCCCCCACUGCCUCCUCCGCCGCCUUCGUCGUACGACGCUCCUCCGCCUGCCGCUCGUCCCGGACAUCUGGGCUUUGGCGGCGAUCACAACAUGCCGCCGCAAUAUGGCGCACCCGCCGCUCGGCCAUACGGCCACCCGCAGAGCGCACCGAUACCUCCUGCGACACCCACCGGACCCUACCCGACAUCGUCCGCGGCGCCGUCUCCGUAUGCCAAGCAGGAUCAUCAUCAUCAGCAGCAGUACAGCUACAACUCCCGCCCUCCGGCGCCCAGUGCUUCCCCAGCGCCGCCGAUGAAGCACGCCAUGUACGACAACCGGCCAUCCGAGCCUUAUGUGCCUCACUCCUCGCCUUCCGUAUAUGCGUCGACCGAGAGGCGACCUUCUUAUGCCAACUACUCUGCUCCUGCGCCCUAUUCUACUCCCGCCUCCCAGCCGACCUACUCUACUCCCGCCUCCCAGCCGACCUACUCUACUCCCGCCUCUCAGCCGACCUACUCGGCUCCCCCGCCAGCGCCAUACUCGGCUCCGGCGCCUCCUCCUCCUAGGCCGUCGAUGUCUCAGUCGUCUCUGGCGCCGCUCAAGAUUGCGUCCCUGGUGUCUCCCCUGCCGCCCAUUGAGGCUCAGACCGAGCCUCUUCCUCCGCCUCCUAUGCUGUCGACCGGUGGCAAGAGAAAACAUGACCACGUCUUCUCCCAGAACCACAAGCCGCUGUACAACGGCCAGCGCCAGCUUGACGCGCACUAUGGCCACGGAUAUCGCGGGCUCACCCCCGAGCCCGACCAGGGCCUAUACUCUCGUGCGGACGGUCAAAUCGGCGUUGUCACCUUCAACCAAUACCAGGUGUAA